GACGUAAGUAGAUUUCGAACAUCAACAUUUCGAAAUCGCUUCACCGCCUGGUCGUCGUCUAGCUAACAUUGCCCGGUUCAAGUUAAACCCCGUUCGAUUUCAGUCGUCUCUGGUGCAGGUGAAGAACAUUUUUCAGGAUGAGAACGAGACGAAGCACGACCGAAGCUGCUAGCGCGAAUGGCCACAGUAAGCAGAAACGGAAGUACGCUCGUCAGCCAAAGAAUAAACAACACGUCGUAUCGGAAGAUGAUCCGGGAGAGCAAAACCAAGUAAGCGUACCCACCAUUAACCUGGAUUCGCCUGUUGAAUCUGUUGAAGAGGCAACGGCAACCUCCGAAGGGCUUCCGAAGCAGGAACAGGGAAGUCCAAUGGCUAUCCCGAGUUCAGAAGAUGUCGAAAACAAACCAAGGAUAGAUGAGUGUAACCAGCGGGCUGCGGAGUACGAUACGGCUAGCGAUCCCUUGGUUCUGCUUGCCGGAUGCUUGAAUGGCUUAAAGUAUGAAGUGAUUGAUAUUGAAAAUCAGGGAAACAAGCCAAUUGAAGAACGCGAAACGACACUAGCUUCUAAUGAAACGACGCCGAUUUUGAAGGCUCCCGAAGACGUUGCAAAGGAAGUCCCAGCACCACCAUCGAAGGAAGCUAAUCCUGCGCCAACGUGUUCCGUCGCAGUGAAAACAGAAAAUCUUCCUAAUAGCCAAUCGAACAAGAAAGCUUCCUCCUCGUUCAAUGGAGCCUUCAAGCUGUACCGGUUUAUGAUCUGCGAGUGGUUUUACAGCCACAUUGAUCGGCCAUUGUUUGCGGAAGGGUAUAGCAAGAACUUGGAUUUGGGCGUACUGUUAAAACUCCAUUUUCCAUCCCUUUUCACGCGCUCAUUGAAUCGAGCGCAGUGGAACUUUGUCCGCUUGGGACUCCGGAAGGAGAGGCCGGUUCGUCGCUUGUCGCACGCAUUCUUCCUUCAGGAGCGAAUCAAUCUCGAGCGUCGCCGGGAGAAGUUGCGCUUUCUGAUGGAAAAUUCGAUGAUCGAAUAUUUGGACGACGAUAUACCGUCCACCAUCCCGAAACCGAUCGACGCUGGAUGUACGGUCAGGAGCACAUCGUUCGUACCGCACUACGGAUCGUACACAGGGGAGGUGGUUGGCGUGGAAACCGCAGAAGUGCCAUAUUUUCGAAUUCGCUUCAAGAACGAUGACAGUGUCGGUGAGCAACUACUUCCAGACUAUCGGGUAGCGCUGGAACAGUCUUUUCAAAUCGCCGAAGUUUCGGACACAGUUUCAGUUACCUCCAGACACGUCAAACAACUCGCACUGCUGGAAGAAAAUUUGAAUGAAAAAAUCCGUUUGCUACAAACAUUGGAAAACAUUCGGCUUAACAUGGCCGCCCGCCAUCUGCUGGGGACUCUCAACGCGGACCAAAAUCGUGACCAAAUCGAGCGGUACGAUCAGACCGUGCGAAAGCUGCUUCAUCUGAAUCGCACCCUGCUGCAACUGUUAAAACAAGUCACCGCGGACUAUGAGCAGCAGACGGGCGAACCGCUAACAGUAGAAAACGAUGAGGAGAACAUUCCCGUGGUGGACAGAUAUGUUGUCGAGGUGGCCGAUCAGCUGCUUUCGGCGUACGCUCAGCUCGAUAACGUUCAUACUAACCCGGCGGCGGACCAGCUCUGGAAGGACGCGAUGCAGCGUUUACGCAGACGUCCGGAGUAUUUGCACCAGUUCGAGGCGUACCUUGCGUCCAGCGUUGGAACGUUAUUUAAUGCAAUUGCCUUCACCACGACCCAAGAAUUGGGUUAAGUUUCAUCGAUGUGCAAAAGACUUUGUUUCUCGUUGUUGUUAGCGAAUGUAAUAUUAAAAUGCGUUUCCAGUUACCAGU